GCCGUUCCCCAGAGAUCAUGUCAACAACCGCUAUAGGGGAGGAUUCGUUCAUCCAUGGGGUGGGGGUAUUUAACCCAUCGUGUGUCCCAAGAUUCUCUAAUGAUCUUUUCUGUGAAAGGGAAAGCAAGGAGGCGUGGAAAUACAACGACACGCAACCAAAGGACAUACUGGGUUGAUAGAAGUGGGCGGGGUCAUAAAGGCAAAUAUGGGAAGCCGAACGAAGAAGGAAACAUCAUCAAGUUUCAUUAGAAGAUCAAGAUCAAGAUACCAUUCUGUUAGUUACAUAGUUAGGACUACUUACGUAG